AACUGUUUAUUACUUAUUUGUGAGGAGUUGGAAGUUGCCUGCCGUCUCCCAGCGCAGCGCUUCUACGCCAUGAUGUUUCCACUGUCGCUGACAGGAGUGUGGUUGGGGGACGUGCUCGUGCUCACAGCUACGCUGCUCUACCUUAUCUACAGCUGCUUGACAAGCACCUCGGACUACUUCAAAGUACGAGGUAUCCCCUACUUGAAGGCAGCAUUUCUCGUGGGACAUCAUGCUCUCAUCACCAAGUCUUCCAUGGACUUCUCUCUGUUCCUCUACAAAAGCCAUCCCCGAGAGAGGUUCUUCGGCUACUUCCAAGGCAGGAUACCUACGCUGCUGGUAAAGGAUCCAGAACUACAACAGCUGAUCAAGACCAAGGACUUUGUCCAUUUUCAAGAUCAAGGAUCGCGUACUAUAGGAGGAGACUUGCUGUCGACAAACCUCUUCAACGUGAGAGGCAAAACUUGGAGGGCCCUCCGAAUCAAGUUGACACCUUCCAUCACCUCUGACAAGCUAAAGCUCAUGUUUUCGCAAAUAAUAGAUAGUGGAGAUCGCCUUUUGCAGAACAUCGAGAAAUCCUAUUCCGGAGAGCCGAUUCAAGUGAAUACAAUGACCUUUAAUUUUGCUAUCGAAAUGAUCGCUAGCUGUGCAUUCGGUCUGGAUUCAAGCAAGGAUUAUACUCAAACCGCCGAAUUCAUCUCUAGAAGUAAAUCAGUUUACAUUUCUGGAUACAGAAAGAUCUUUAGAGACCUGAUUAAUCUCUUUGCUCCUAAGGUAAUCAACCUUUUGGGAUUAAGCAUUCUCCAACCAGGCACUAAUAAAUACUUUCUGACCUUGAUAAAGAAAAACAAAGAAUACCGAAAGAUAAGUGGUAUUAAGAGGAACGAUUAUUUCCAGCAACUUUUGACCUUGCAGGAAGCCGUGGAGACAGCAGAAAUUGUGAUUUCAUCUAGAGUAAUCGAUAACAAGGAAGAAGACCACAUUAUCAAUCAAAUGCACCAUUUCCCACAACAUCCUUACGCCAAGAAUACAAAACUAUUGACAGAUGAAUGCAUAACCUCACAGGCGUUCGGGUUCCUGUGGGGCAGCUUAGACGCGGUAUCGAGCACUUUAACCUUCGCCCUGUUCCACUUGGCUAAAGAUCAAGUGAUUCAAGAGAAGGCGCGGAAGGAGGUAGAAGACAAUUUGGUGCUUCACGAGGGUUGGACUUACCAAUCGGUGCGAGAAAUGGUUUAUCUGGACCAAGUGUUGCAAGAGACCCUUAGGAUGUAUCCCAGCAUGCCUUUACACUUCCGAGAAUGCACGAUGGCAUACCGCAUCCCCCGCUCAGACGUAGUUGUGGAGAAAGGGACAAUCGUGGCCAUCCCCGUCCGGGGUAUCCAUAUGGACCCCGAGUUCUACUCUGACCCAGAACGGUUUGACCCCGACAGAUUCAAGGGAAACAACUAUAAGCCCAGUCAAAUCUACAUGCCUUUCGGGGAUGGUCCCCGUAUCUGUAUAGCCAUGAGGUUCGCCACAUUAGAGAUGAAGGUGUGUUUGGCGAAGAUAUUGUCAAGGUACACCCUCCAGGUCGACAGCAAGACUCAAGAGCCCUUCAAGUUUGACCCUUCAUCGUUCACACCAAAGCCCUUGGGGGGCGUCUGGCUCAAUCUAGAAAAACGUCAAGGUUUCGUCGUUUGAUGUGCCUUGAGCGCAGUAGUGUCUGUCAUAUUAUUUAUUUUUUACUUAGGUUUAUUAAAAUUGCAAUAUAGAAAUGAAUGCACUAUAUGAUUUCUAAAAAUAA